UCGCAACAACGACAAAUCCAAUCUAUUUCAGGAUCCGGCUGGAUUCAACAUUUCGUCAUGGGUGCUUGGAGCGAAUCAAGUUUUCCGAACUGCGAUCCCAGUUUUUGCACUUAUUAACGUUUUCGCUGUCCGCCUUCGAACGAGAUCCAUCCUUCAAUUUGUGAAUGGUUGGACCUCUGUUUUGCAUGAAUUUGAAGUCCUGUUUGAAAACCAUUACAAACUUCGCUUGGUUGCAUUGGAACGGUCGCAUUGGGUAAUCUUCCCAUUUUUGGUGGUAGCUUACAUAAUUCCAAUGAUAAGAAUCAAUUCCACCUCAAAACGGUUCCUUCUCACGGAAAAUUGGGUAUUCAAUUUUUGGUCAAAAACAACUUUGGUAGUGUUUGUGGCCUCUGCGUUUGUACUGUCCACGAUUGUUACUCUUUUGAGUUUACUGACAAUCAAAAGUGUUUAUCGACAGGUAAAUAGUAAAUUUUAUUUUGAUACUUGUCGUAUAUCAUGAGAUUACUUAGAUUUGCGCAUAUUGCAAAUUAUAAUUGUAAUUGAUGUACAGAUUAGAAAAGCUAUAGCUCAUCAGACCAAGGAAACUAAUGGUCACUUGAGUCACCACCAUGUGAAGGGAUGGAUCAAGUUGGUUACGUUGGUGCGAGACCAGGUUGACCUGUUUGUCAGAUUUGGAAGUAUGCCCGAGCUGAACGAUCUCCUCUUUACUUUCGUUACCGUUCUUGGUCUGUCCUAUAUUGCCAUUUCUUUGUAUCUGGAAAACAUGCAAACAACCGGGGGGUCGAUGAUGCCUUAUGCUUUGGGAGCCUUAGCCAUCGCCUUUUUGAGAACAUUUGCAAAAGGUCAAUUGGCAGAUCUGAUUGUGAUGGAGGAGCAUCAGAUUGGAUUGGAUGUGGUUGCAAUGCGAGUCAACACAAAUAUUAAUAUGGAGCAUGUUGAGGGCAAAAAUGAUGAUGCGUACAAAACUCGAUUUGAGAUGAGCGUUUUAUGCAAUAUGAUCUUCACAUCUCCAGUACAAAUCAGAUUCGCCAACAUUAUAUCUCUUAACAAGAAGCUGUUGUUGCUGAUCAUCAGUCAACUGGCGUCCUACUUGGUCGUGUUUUUGCAGUUCAAACGCAGUCCACAGUAACAUUAAAAUCAAUUUGUUGCAUAUAUGAUUACAUACAUGCAUGUGAUAAAUAUAACCAUCGCAGUUGUAUCUAAGCUAAGUAGAUAAAAUGUAUAUUAAGAGUUUCAGACUACUCCAAAAUCAUCCAGGAUUAACGUUGAUCAAUAAUAAAUCUUGACUACAUAAUAUGUAUGUGACAUAUUGUGUAUGAGAUCACAUGUAUAUGUACGUAUUGGAAUCAAAACAUGGAUCUUUAAUUUAGUUAUUGUUUUAUGUUAUCAAUAUGUU